AUGGCGAGCCUGGGGCAGCAGCGCCGCGAGCGCGGUCUCGCGGGCUCAGCCGUCUACAUUGCCAUCCCCAUGGCCUUCAGGUAUAUUUUCCGGCGUGAUGAGGAGCACGUGGAGAUAAUUUCCAAGGCUAUUCUCCCGCCGUUGGAAAGGCAGUCAGAGACAGAUCUCAAUGAGAUGCUCGCCGAGGCAAUCAUCGCCGGGCGUCCUGCUUCCAACCAUGAUAGUGACGAACGCACAGCCGCCAACACUGGUAAGCUAAUAACAAGCAUCAGAGCCGUCUUCCAAGGCGACUGGCGCGACAAUCCCCGGCUCUCCUUCUAUCUCGGCCAAGAUGAUUUCUCAUACUCCUCAGGCAAUCCAGGAGAAGAGAGGUGA